CUCACUGUUGGCAGUACGCUCUCGGAUCUUGAACUUACUUCUGCUUCGUCUCUUUCCUCCACCACCUCCUCCUCUAACUUGGUCUACACUACCCUCUGUUCGAAGUCUUCAUUCAACACUCUGCCGUCGAGCAACGUAAUCAAAUUCAUCGUGAUCUGGUCAUUGCUGAGCCGCACCCCGUACAAAAUGGGACGAUCUGCGGCAUAACAACAAUCCUAGUGAACUUGAAUAUUAGCCCUUACUUUGUGCUCUAACAUGGAGAGUAAAUUGGACUACUCCAUGGCCGGUGGGGGUGGCUUAAGUCCCGGAGAGAUGGGCAAUACCUCGCAUUCCCAGUUUUAUACCUCCAAAUAUAUCCGGCACUCUCGAGCCGUGUCCAUCAUUUGGGCCGUGUUUACAGUGUGCUCAGCCAUAAUCAACAUUGUGGUGUUCAUGUCAUCCAAUUGGGUGGGUGAUACGGUCACUUCCAAGGGACCUGGACAUUUCGGUCUCUGGAAGUUCUGCACGGUGCUCUCUUCAGAGGGCACGGGUACCGGGGUGUCUCCCAAGGAGAGUGUAGUGUGCAUUGGGGACUUGAACAACUUCUCAUCGAUCUUGUCCCCGGCUUUUCGAGCCGCCACAGUGUUCGUGGGUCUCUCCGUGAUCGUGAUUGUGCUCUGCGUCCUCGCCUUCAUCUUGUUUUGCUUCAUGAAGAGCAACUCCGUGUUCGAGAUUUGUGGAACCAUGCAAUUUCUCUCGGGAAUCUGCAUGGCUAUUGGGAUCUUGGCCUUUCCCGCAGGCUGGGACAAUGACCACGUGCGAAGCAUUUGCGGGGCCCAUGCUUACGAUUACGGCCUUGGAGAAUGCGGAAUACGAUGGGCCUUUGUGCUGGCCAUCAUUGCCUUCUUCGACACGUGGAUAUUGGGGAUCUUAGCCUUCACCUUGGCCCAUCGACUGGUCAAGCCUCCUCCCGAGCCCCAAUACAUGAACCCGGCCUCGAUUUAUAAAGGAGAGAUCAAUAGUGGCUUCAUUGGUGACAACCAAUCGCUGGCUGGGUCACGAAAGUCCACCACUCUGCAGCCUGUCAUGAUGAUGCCACACCCUCCCCAUGGGCAAAUGGGGAUGAUGGACGACGGAUACUCCGACUACGGUCAACGGGGUCCACCAGGAAGAUCUCAUGCUCAUCCUCCUUCGUAUCGCACAGGGCCCUAUGGAUCGACUAUCCAGAAUUUCCAAUUGUAGAAAAUGUGCCAAUAUUGAACAUGCAAUUCUCAAAAGAUAUGACAACUAGUGUUUAAUAAAUUGGAAAUAGGAAAACUUUCCCAAAAAUA